AUCUUGUAGCUGGCGACGAACGUGGCGCUCGGCCUCGUACCCCUGACGGCAGCAGCUAUGUUCCAGUGCCAGAAGCAGCACGGACGACCGCGUCCGAACAUAGUUGCUAUGCACGAUCCCUGCAUAUUACAUAGCAGGCCUGGCGCGGUGGAACUGUGAAGUGUUAACUGUUUCCUGCGGUAAAGCCCGAGCAGAGCUGGAUCCUGAGCUCGUGUCAACACGGCGUGUAUCGCGCCUCCCGCCCGCUUAAACUGUAGAGACCUCACUACCCAUUCUUUGCAGUAGUGCAUUCAUUUAUUUAUCCGUCAAGCAACGCCACGUUCGCCAGCUUUGUUAGGGCCUACCGCGUUGCCCUGCCGCCAUUCAGUAUCGCCUCAACGUGUGCUCGCCUAGUGAUAGAAAUCUUUUAUUAGCAAUAAACUUGGUUCGGAGCAAAAGUUGCUCGUCGGCCUCCCCCGAGCGCACCGUUUCAUGCUUGCGAGUUACAACAUCGGGUUUCAGACUCCAUUGAGAUAACGUAUAAACCAACCUUGGGCGGCGCGGCGCUUCAAGGGAGCAGGCCAGCAUGGCGCAUGCCGUUUACCGCGUCGUGGCGCAGCUGGGUGCAUUAUUGGCGUUGUCAAGCAUAAAUGCGGUGUAUGCCCAGAGAACCACGGUACUGUUUGUGAACGGCCGAACGAUGCCCGCGACGUCUCUUCAAAACGCCACGGUUUACAACUCUACAAGAGAGGCGCUGAUAACGACGCAGAUUCUGAACUGGUAUCCGAAUGGCAUCACGUACUGGGGAGCCCAGGCGACGGGGGGAACGCUGACGAUAGGCGGGGAGCAGGGCGGCACGAUGUAUCGUGUGCUGCUUCGCUUCGAUGACCUCCACCGCUACAUCCCCCCGAGCGCGGUGGUCGAGAGCGCCGAGCUAACGGUCACAGUUGUCAACUGGAAUGCGUGGCUAAGGAUGCAGGCAUGUUUCAUGACCAGACCGUGGAACUACCAGCUGGGUCCGGGGGAAGACAGGUUCGCAUCCACCGGCUGGAUCUACAACCGCUGGAAUGGAUCCGCCUCGGAGCGCUGGUCGGACGGCGCCGGUGGCACGGGUGGCGGCGCCGCCGGCGGCUGGGGCGACUGCAGCCCCGCCGCCAACGUUAGCUGGGCGGUGCCGGCGGACGGGCGCAACGGGUACUGGACACGCAGCAUCCCGCUGCCGCCCACCCUGGUGGGGACCUGGCUUGCCGACAGCGGCGGCGCCAACUACGGGCUGAUGUUCAGGGGCAUGAACGGCACCACGGACUUGGUCAGCAGCAUGUGGCGCAACGGCACGUUGCGCCGCCCCGCCCUGUCCGUCACCUACAACCUCAACGCCUCACAGGCGGUCCUGGCCAUGCCGCCGCCCACCGCCGCCAAGCCCGCCAUCUGCGCCGCGGUGCCGCGCACGUGGUGGGUGGCGAACGGCGGCAGUGACGACACCGGCAGCGGUCACCAGCUGCUUCCGCUUCGCACUCUGGCCUACGCGCUCACACUGGCCGAGCCAGGCGAUUCCAUCUACCUCACCACCGGCACCUAUGCAGGCGCGGUGUCCAUCUACACCCCCCGGAUCCGGAUCCAGUCCGCGCCCGGCCACUGGGCGGUCAUCGGCAGCCCCACCUCCGACCCACGGGCCGCUGUCAACGUCAUCACCAUCUUCCCGGGCGCCGACGGCGGUGUGCUGUCCAAUCUGGAGGUGGUGGGCGGGCACUACUACGGCAUCAGCCUCAUGUCUAGCUGGUCGGACUGGGGUGCGGCGGACCGGCCCACACGGGCCAGCGCGCCCAGUAACUGGCUGUUCCAGAACCUCAGGAUCCACGACACGGGAUCCUCUGCAAUCAAGAUGUCCAUGAGGGCGGUCAACAACACCCUGAGCGCCUGCGAGAUCUACAACACGGGCGCGCGGAUGCGCACGUACGGCUACGGACUCGAUGCCGUACAGUCGUACGAUCUGACCGUACGGGAUUGCUACUUCCACGACAUUCCAUCCGCCGCGGUGGUGCUGUCGGGCGGCUGCGCCCGGACCCUGCUGGAGCGCAACUGGGUGUCCGCGGCCCAACGCGGCUUCGAGGUGGGCGGCUACACGGACCCCCAGCUCAUGGACACCCGCCCCGACGGCCCCAACCCCGGCCUGGCGGAGGCGAUCAACACCACCCUGCGCAACAACGUCAUCACCGCAGUGGCGCAGGCUGCGGUGCUGCUGCGCGCGUCGCAGGGCGGCGUGGUCACUCACAACACCCUGUGGCGGGUGCAGGAGGAGGGGCAGGCCGCGAUCCUGUUUGACGGCACACCCCGCGGCGGCGCCUGGGGCACCACCCCCUGCGCCGCCGCCCCGCCGCACGUGGUGUGGGGCAACCUGGUGGUGAAGUCCUCCGCCGCGCUGGGCGGGCCACUGGUUCAGGUGCGUGCGGACGGCCUGCCAGCUGCCGCCAACCUUAGCUCGGCACUUGUCAUGGGGUACAAUGUGUACUACGACCAGGCCGGCGCGGCGCGGCCCAACUCGUCUUUUGUGUGGGGAGUGGGGGCCAUGUUGGAGGACGCCCGCAGCGGCGCCCCGCGCGGGCCCUGGGUGGGCGGCGCGGCGGGUUGGGCUGGCUGGUGCGGCUGCGACGUCAACAGCACCGAGGCGGAGCCUGGCUUGGACCCGUCCUUCACCCCACUGGCCUGCAGCCCCGCCCGCAGCCGUGUGCCGCCCGCCAUGCCCCUCGGGCUUCCAAACGUCACGACCGACUUCCACGGCCGCGCCCGCCCCACCACCGGCCGCCGCGAUGCCGGAGCCAUCCAGGCUGGCGCGGCAGGCGCCGUCAAGCCCGGGGUGCCCGCGCCCGUGCCAAGCGCCUUUGCGGGGCGGGCGCCGUUCACAGGCAUUGGCCCCGUGCCUGUGUACGACAAGGCCUGGCCAUUCUAUCUGUGGCUGCCGCGCAUUCCGCAAAACCUCACCGUGGAUUUCGUCAACGGCACCGACGACCAGCCCUUCGACUACUACUCCAACUACCCGCGGCCCUUCAAGAGCCUGCAGCGGGCAGUCGAAAGGUCCAACAUGGGCGACCGCAUCUGGCUUCGCGCCGGGCCCGCCCAGACGCAUGCCGGACCCGUUAACAUCCGUGACUCCACCAACGUCACCAUCACCACCCACCCAGCAGACCUGACAGCAGGGCGCCGUGCCGUACUCACCUGCAACGCCUCUGCGCCGGGCGCCACCACCCCCUGCAUCUACAUCUACGGCGGCGCCACUGCGCUCUCGCUGAACGGCUUCGAUGUGGCCAUGAAGGGCGGCGGCGCCGGCGCGUGCGUGUUCUUCGACACAGGCGGCGGCAGCGGCAGCAGCCCCUUCUGGGACUUCUGGGUGGCAAAUAGCGACAGGUCGGCAGUGGGGCCCAAGAUCACGGCCGUCAAGAACAUGGCGCUCAGCAGCUGCGGAAACCAGGGCGUCAAGCUGUCCACCUUCGUGCGCGACGUGAUGUUGGACGGCCUCACCAUCACCUCCCCGGGGGGCACGGGCGUGGAGGUGUACGGCGGCGGCGGGGUCACGGUCCGUGGCAGCCGCGUGUCAAACCCUGGCGGCGCGGGUAUGCGGCUGGGCGGCGGCGUGCGGGGACUGCUGGUGGAGAGGAACCUGAUCAUCAACGCAACCGGCCCAGGCAUCAUCCUGGGAUCGGAGGACUCGACUGCCGCGAUCAUGGACACAGACUGGCCGCGUGUGGGCAACGGCAGCUGGCACGAUUGCGUCAGCGCCAUGGUGCGCAACAACAUUGUGGACACCGCCACGGGCGCCGGCAUUGCGUUGUACAGCGCGCGUGACGCUGUAGUCGUGCAGAACAGCCUGCUGCACGUGGCCUCCCAGAUGCACGCCGGCGUGCUGCUGCACGUGAGCCCCAAGCAGCUGGGCCCCAACUCCGAGGUGGGCCCCGCAAACUCAAACAUCACUCUCGCCAACAACGUCGUCACGCUGCCGGCGGGCUCGGUGCUGCGGCUGGCGGUGCAGGCGCGCAUCCUGCAGGGUCAAAUCGUGAAUAAGCAGCUGCGUGUGGUUCCGCCCAACACCACGGCGCCCUGCAACGCCACCGAGUGGGCAUCUGCCGCUGUCACACGCCGCCGCCGGGCGCUGCUGCUUGGGCGGCGGUUGGAUGACGUGGUGUCGACACAAGCGGUGGGGGAGGAGCUGCAGGAGGCGACAGCGCCGGGUGCUGCUGCGCUCGCGACGCAGGCGCUGUCGCGAGCAGAGACGCUCAUGCUGCAGCAGCUGAGGUGGCGGCAGCGGGGCCAGCAGCAGCAGGAGGAGGAGCGGGCGGCGGCGGCGGGGAGCGUCCGGCACGCGAAUGCAGCAGCAGCAGCAGUCGGUGCCGCGGCGGCUGAAGCAACCGGGGCGGCGGCCAUAGGCGCCGGCGCGUCGCGGCCAUCGCUGCGCGGCGCCCGUUUAUCACCACCACCAGCAGCGGCGGCAGUGGUGCCCCCAGCCAGUGUAGGCGCCAACAGCGGCAGUGGGCUUCAGGCAUACGCGCAGGAGCUUCCUGGUAUGUCUGCUGGUCCCGCAUGGAGCCUGGUCCCAGCACACUUGGAGCAACCCCUGGCGGCGCUGGGCUGGGCGGGCGACCCCACUGCCCCCCGCACCCCAGCACAAAGCCGCCAUACCUCCCACCAUCAGCGGCCCGACAGCAGCAGCACCCAUUCCACCCACCAGCACCCGGCACGCCCUGCGACCCGCGUACGGCAAAACCGCCGCCGCCAGCAGCAGCAGCAGCAGCAGCAGCAGCAGCAGCAGCAGCAGCAGCAGCAGCAGCAGCAGCAGCAGCAGCGGCGGCAGCGGCGGCGGCAGUUGGCAGGCCUGUCCUUCACGGACCCGUACGUGUACGAUGUACGAGAGGCGGGCCGCAACCCGGACGGCUCGUGCCCGUUGUACCCGCCUUCCCACGCCUGGCACACCGACGUCAGCGGUGCAGCCGUGCACCCGCGCUCGGACGCGAUCAAAUCCAACAUCGGACCCGGGGGUCUGCAUCUGGAUUUUGGAUUCCAGACGCAAGUGGCCGGAUUCAAGGUGCCUGCGGGUAUGCCCAUCAACGUCGUAGACACCAACAGGGACCCCACACGCCUUCCGGUGGAGUUUGGCCCCGGCGGCUACCCGGACGAGUCGCAGCUGGACCCAGACCACCGGGCGCCCCUGCCCGCAAACGCCUCCGUACAGGUCGCGUUCCCCGGCUGCGGCGACCCGCCCUGUGGCGGCGACCGGCACCUGGUCGUACUGGACAACGCCACGUGCACCCUGUACGAGGCCUGGAGGAGCUUCCCGCCGUCGGUCACGGGCAACGGCACGUGGCGUGUGGAUGCGCUGGCACGUUUCAACCUGUCCCGAAGCGCGCUGGGCAGGCCGCUGGGCUCCACCUCGGCAGACGCGGCGGGCUUGGCCAUCCUGCCUGGGCUGGUGCGGUGGGAGGAGGUGGCGGUCAAGGGCGAGAUUGACCACGCACUGCGCUUCACCGGCCCCAACUCCCGGCCCGCCUACGCAAUGCCGGCCACCCACUUCGCGCCCGCCGGUUACACCGGCCGCGACGCGCCGUACAUGGGCAUGCGUGUACGGCUGGCGGCGUCGUACGACUGCAGUGUGCUGCCGCGAGCCGCCCGGAUCGUGUGUACGGCACUCAAGAAGUACGGCGCCUUUUUCGCGGACAACGGACUGCCCUGGGACUUUGCGGGCGAGGCCACUGAGAAGUGGUACCCGCUGUUUGCGGAGCUGAACAACGUGUCUCUCAUCCCCUCCUCAGCAAUGGAGGUCCUGGACCCCGGCUGCAUGUGCCUCACGCCCGGCUGCACGCUGGCCGAGUGCAACGGCGCCGCCUGGCAGGACCCCGCCGCCCCCCGCGUGUUUGCCGCCAUGGACAACACCACCCGCCUGGCCGCGUACGGCAACAUGUACUUCAGGCCCUCCACGGCGCACGGCAACACCACCUCGCCCUCGCCUGCCGAUGACGGCCCACUGCUGUUCGUGGACCAGCGGGUGCCGCCGCUGGGCCCUGGCUAUAGCGGCGGCCUGGCGGGAUGGCAGGAUUACCUCGGUGCGGGUGGAGAGGCGGGCAGCCGUGUGGACGUGGACCCGGCCCUGGCUCCUAGCACCUACCGCCCCACGGCCGCAAGCCCCGCCCGCGGCGCGGCGGCGCGCCUGGCCCGCUGGGCCACGGACGACUACUACGCGAGGAGUCGGGGCAGCGGCAAUGCCACGGAUUGCGGCGCGGCGGUAUUUGUGUAGUUGCUGGGGACGUAGCGCAAGGGUCGAAGUAAGGGUGUGUGGCCGCACGUUCAUUCACGUGCUGAUACACACACGGAACAAUUGUACGCAUUCAAUAUCGUUCAACUGGGCGCACCGCUGCAAUUCAUUUAUUCAUCAGGCGCUGAGGAAGUGCAUCAUUCAUGUGACGAGUGCGGACGGACUGGCUGGCACAAGUGGGGCUGGGGGAUUGGGAGAUUACCGUAGAUUACGGUAGGAUCAGUUGUUUCCCGGUCGGCGUUUCAUUGCUGGCCAGGUUGGGUUGGGGGUGGAUUGAGCUUGGGGGUCUGAAUUUGCUGCUUGUACGGACGCGGGGUGGGACUGGGCGAACAUGAUGGCGCAGGUGGCUAACGUUGUGCAAGGGCGCCACAGCUCCGAACUAAUGACUCCGACUGGCCGUUGCGAAUGUUUAACGAACGCUCACCAAUCAUUGCGGCUGGGGUGGUGAGUAGGGAUGCAUCGCCAUCUAGGGCCAUGCACCAUUCUUCAUAAGCAUCUUCGAUUCAAGCGAG